AAGGAGCCAUAGUAUUAGUCCGGCGGCAAAGACAAGUUAGACAACAGGUAGAGACUGAGGACACCACAACAGCUGAUCAUCACCACGUGUGUCCUCCCUUUCCUUCACCACCAUGUUUUGGGGCUUGACACUGGAGCCAGGAAAACGUUAUACUAAAACUGUGGAUCAUGAUUUCCACAUAUCAGCAGCUGUCUUAGAUACCAGCUGUGGUGAUGAUGAGCUGGUCAGGGUUAUAGUGGAGGUUGAUAUCAACGAAGGGGAAAUUAUCAUUGCAAACCUCAGCCAGAAAUAUGGCAUUCUCCAGACCCAGCUUGAUCUACAGUUUGGGGCUGGAUCUGCUGUUGCAUUCUAUACAGAUGGAGGGACAGCCCCAGUCCAUUUAUCUGGAUACAUGAUAUUUGAAGAUGAUGAUUUUUCUUUUGAAAAAGAUGGCCAAAAUCUAAAUGCAGAUGGAAUAGAUGUGGAAGGAGGAGUAGAAGAAGAAGAAGAGGAGGAGGAGGAGGAGGAGGAAGAUGAAGAUGAAGAAGAGGAGGAAGAGGAAGAGGAAAUUGUACCCGUUAAAGAAGACAACCCAGUACUUGAUGCUGGCCAAGCAUCAAAAAGGAAGGCAGAAGAAAAGGCAGAAUCACUUACUAAAAAGGCUAAAAUGCAUUCACCAGGUCAUCAACCAAAAUUGGAUGACAUGGUGGACGGUAAGCGACCUGGCAGUGAUAAGAAUGACAAGAAGGAAGCAGCCCCCGAGAAGGUUGAACAAAAGAAAUCACCCACCACAAAGAGCCCGAAGAAAGACAAACUUCCGAAGGAUGAAUCCAAAACACCAAACAAGACAAAAGAAAAGCAUGAGAAAGCUCUAGUUAAACCCAAAAAGACUCCUGAUACAAACACUCCAAAGACAGUGCAGUCUCCAGGGGCAUCACAGACUCCUAGUAAACCUCCAAAGGUGGUGCUGUCAGGCGGAGUGACGUGUGUAGACGUUAAGGUUGGCACUGGAAAAGAAGCUAAGAAAGGGAAAAUGUUGGUAGUGCAUUAUGAGGGACGUCUAAUGAGUACUAAGAAGGUGUUUGACACAGUGAACACUGGGAAGGGCUUCAAGUUCCGACUGGGCAAAGGAGAAGUGAUCAAUGGCUGGGAUGUUGGCUUUGAAGGAAUGAAGGUUGGAGGCAUAAGAAAAAUUACCUGCCCUCCACACAUGGCAUAUGGCAAGCAAGGAGCUCCUCCAGACAUUCCACCUCAAGCAACAUUACUGUUCACUGUAGAACUAAGAAAUGUUUAUUAGGAUGUAAUUGCAAUAAGAGUGGAUAAGUUCCAGUUAUUUAAAUAAAAAAAAUUAUUUGCAUUCAGUGACCCAUUUUGGUCAUAUGCAUUUAGUGUGAAUGUUAAACUAGUUAUUAAAGUUCAUGAUAGAGUAGUUAGUGGUGCUGCAGUUGACAUUGCAUGUACAAGUUCAAAAAUCUUUUGAUGUUCAUGGGUGAGUACAUUUUAUGGAUGGUUGCUGAAACACACAGCAACUUUUUUGUCAGGUGUUAAGGGUUGUUACUUUUAUUAUGAAGGACUGUCUCUUUUAUAAGAGGAAUUUAUCAUUUAUAACCCAUUAAAAUGGGUAGAUUAAUAUUGUUAUUUAUGCAUAAAUAUUUUAUACAUACAGUAUUUGGAAAAAAAUAAGAACUAUAUACAUCACUAGAUGUGAAACAUUUUAGUGUAAGUUGCAGCACGCCAUCACAUUUGUUUGACAUGAUAAAAUACAGUGGUCAUUCUUUU